UUUCUAUAAAUGUAGAAUGACAUCAAGAAUUCAUAGACUCUGGUUUCCUGGUGAUGGAAGACCUCGUGUCUUUUUGCCUGAUUUUUGGAUAAAACUUUUGGAACCGCACAAAGUUGGGUAUAUGCGAUUACCAAAGAAUGCUGCAAUGUUUGAAGUGGAUCUGAGGAUGUCUCGAUUUGAUGUUCGAGAAUAUUUGGAAAAAAUUUACAAAUUCCCUGUGCGUGAAGUUCGUUUAAGAAAUGUGGAAGGAAAGAUCACUUGGGAUCAUCCAUUAGAUAAACAAAAGAGAAAAGCAAUUUGGAAGGAUGAGGACAAGAAAAUUGCUUUUGUCUUCUUUAAGAAGGAUUUUGUCGCAGAAUUUCCUACUUUAUUUACUGAUGAAGAAGAUGCGGAUGAGAAAAGAUUAGAACAAACUAGAAGAGGAAAUGCAAACAAGAUGAACAUUGAUUUUAUUAAUAAGGAUCGAGCUGGAGUUGGAGAAAUGUUGCCGCUUUGA